AUGAUUGAGAAGAAAGUUUACAUCGCAACGGAUCCGAGCGGAAGGGUUUGGAAAUAUUCUAUUUCUCUUAAAGGCAUAUUUAUAACCUUUUUAUGAUGGUAGCUUUAAAAAAACUACUUUCACAAGGUGAUCUUCUAAUUUGCAAGUAUGCCCUCUGGAUGAAAUUAUCUUCAAAUCAAUCGAUUAAAGCUUUAAAAAAAUUCGGAAAUGAUCUUUGUUAUUUUGCGAUUCAAAAAAAUCUACAAGAAACUACGAUUUCCAGAUCCGAUUCCAGCCGGAUCCCCAACAGGAGCAGCGAGUAACUCUCAAGCUUACCAACAAAAGCGAAAUGAAGCAAGCUUUUAAGGUGAAUUUCGCGUAAACUCAGUUUUUUUGUUGAAAAGAACAGCUUGAUCCUGUAAAAUUUGGCCCGAAAAUUAUAACUACUUAUGUCUUUUUUUUCGCAAAUUAAAAUUUUGAACCAAAGGUUUCAUUUUUCUGAACGGUUCUAUGAGCUACAAGUUAGAACUUAAAUUUAAAAACUUUUUUUGAGUUGAAUUGUUUCAUAGCCGAUUCACGGCUAGCUUGGGACUUGGCCUGUCUGCGUUCUCCACUAAGGCACUAUCUCUCAUUUAAUCGUGCCAGGACCCUUUUUUCGAUGGCUCAAGUUGUGAAAUAGCCAUAUCUUUAAGGUGAAGUGCACACGCAACGAUUUGUUCCGGAUUCGUCCGGCCACCGGAAUCCUCGACUACAAUCAAACCGUUUCUAUCACACUCACUUACAAGUUUGUCUAUUUUUUUUUUCAAAGAUGAUUUUGAGAAGAAAGAUCUGUCGUAAGAGCUUUUUCUAAGUCACUUUGAAGCCUGAAUAUCGAGAGAUCGGUUGUUAAAAAACGUUCCCUAUUUCGUGGUUUUUGGUGUACCUUUAAUGAUGCUGUUCUAUAUGAUAUGGACUAAUAUUCUUUUUUUUUCUUAUACAGAGGCGGCCAGACGGUGUUGCCCUCGGAGGAGCGCCACCACUUCGGCGUAUAUCACAUUCCCGCUCCAGAAGGCUGCACGCUCGACGGCGUCUGGAGCGAGCACUACGGACCGCCUCAGGGCGAACACAAGCUUCGCGUCAGUUUACCUUUCUGCGCGUGUGGUUCUGAGGAACUCCAGUCACUAUAGGGGCAACCUUAUGGGUCCUUGGAGGGUACCCUCUAGAAAUCAUUUUACCAGCCCCUAUAUGGUCCGCAAGGCUUGCAAAAAAAAAAGCCCCUGUAGGGGUUUUAGUUAGUGGGAACAUUUAGGGGACAUGCUUGUCGGUAAUUAAAGCGAAUAAGAACGUUCAUGGAAAAACUCUGAAAGUCUCGCGAAAAAGUGUGAAAAUGCAUGAACUCGGCGUGAAUAGACGUAGGAUUUCUACUUAAUGGAGAAUUUCGAAAAUAUGCAGAACUUUAUUUGAACCGUUUUUUUUUUUUGGGAUUUUUGUGGCCCUUAUUUUUGAGCCCAUCAUCGUGUGAAGAUUAGAAAAAAACCAAGAAAAAUUUCAUAUAUUUUUCUUCUCAAAAAAAUGUGUGUCUUAACAAACUUAAAGAGAAAAAAACCUGUAAAAAUCCCCUAAACGGAGGACUUUUUUUCAUUUUUUUCCGAAUAAUAUUCCACAACAGAAACAAAAAAAUAACCGAAAAACCGUUGAAAUUUCAAGGAGAUUUUAGCAUAAAAACAGCUUUCUAUUAUUUUUUUAUUUAGAAGGAUAAAUAUUUUUUUAAAAAAAUUCUUCAGGUCGCCUGGGAAUGA